UAUAAAUUAGUUGAUUAAUCAUGUAGCUAGUGAACUUGAGAAUUAAUAUUUCUCUUAAGUAAUUUAUUAUUCUGUUAGUAAGCCGAUUACUUUAGUAAUUAGUCAGUUAAUCGAUUGUUUGGUCAGAAAUUGUCAUUAAGUGAUUAACUGAUCGUUUGGGUAUUUUUCGGGCGAUUUACAAAUUAAAUAUAUCAUGGCAGGAUAGAAUUUAUAAAUAGGCGACGUUAUAGAAGGAAGGUACAAUUCCAGUAUUUUCCUGUAUGGACUAAGAAAAAUCACGAAAAAUCAAAAUAGGUUACCAUCCGAGAUUCGAACCCAAGAUCGCUUCAAUACGAAGCAGGAGUGGCAACCACUCAACGACUGGUUUGUCCGUGAGUCAAUUCGUUAAUUGGUUAUUAACUUAAUCAGAUAAUUGUUUAGUAAUUAGCUAUUUGCGUAGUGACUUCGUUCAUUAGUCAUUUGGUUGGUUAGCAAGUUAGCUAUUUAGAUUACCCAAUCAAUCCAAAGAGAACUGUAAGGGUGAGUAAAUACUUCACAUUUCCAGCGCCAAGGACUGCAUUCAGUUUCGAUACGAAGAGAUAACGCUUUCCCAUAUGAAUCAGCGAAAUACAUGCAUCAUAUAAGUAAACUUUAGAACAAUGUUCAGCAUCCGGUCGCGUCCAUUGUAUUAAUUCUGUAAUCAUUGUUCUAUACUUGACUGUCUUUCCCUUUUUUGACACGUCUCACCAUAAUUCUAUGCUGCUGCCUGUACAAGCCACUCUAAUUAACGGUCGAAACCAACAGAACAAAUAUAAGUACUUUAACGUGAAUAAAAUCUAACAAGCAAGGUGGCUGGAGACAUUUGGAUCACUUAUGCGAACAAAGGCAUAAUGUACAGACACGAUAAUAUUGUUGUUCUGGAUUUUGAAGCCGUGUAGACUCGUAGACAGAUACCAGUGUUUCGGAGAAACAUACUGUCUCAAUCUUCAGGAUUGAAGUGACUAAAGGCAGAAAUAUUUAACUCGAAACGUUGGUAUUCCAUACUACAGUUAGUCUAAGAAUGAUGUUUCCGGUAGUUACUAAUGUUAAGUAAUAUCAAAGAGUAGAAUCCUUCUUUCUAAGCUGAUAGUUUGUCGUCUAGUUAAAAUGUUCCCAUUAUCUUUCAGAACCGGAUGUUAGGCCUCCGCUGUUGUGUGUCCAAGUCUGAAGUCGUCUCAAGGCGAUAGAUUAAAGAAUUCAGUGGUUUGUCCCGCUUCGUUACAAAUAUCCGGUAGCAUUUAGAGAGUGUUGUGGCUUUGGAAAGCGUCUGAAUAGAUUUCGACUCAUCUGUCUCUGCUGCUCGGCAUAUAUGCAGCGCAUUUAUAAUUCGAGGACUCUGACAGCAACCACACCGCGGUCAAUGGCCGAACUCCCCACACAACACAAAUAACCGAAGCCCGAGAACAGACCGACACUAGAAGAAUCGGGAGAAACAGCUAAAAAAGGAACAUGAAUGGGAACCAGUUUUGGUUUUAUCGAAGCUUGCUCCAGUAUGCCACAUCCACGCAGGGCCAGAAGACCGAUGUCUAGGGAGACUUUCAUCUGGAGCUGGCAGGCCAGCAGAAUCAUCGUGCUUCAGGUUCAACAUUUUUUCAAACACCGUGGUGUACAUCUCAUCUGCUGGAGGAAUGUGCUUUUGGUGCGGACCUGGUUUCAUGUGCAGUGACAGACAGAAGAAUCAACAUGCGUGCUAAACGGUCAUAUGUUUAACAGUAUUGUUGUUCUUCAGCAAGAGACCGUAUAGUGAACUGGUGACAAAGUGGUGUGGACGAGUGUGUGUGUUAGUGUGCGGUACAGAGUCCUUGGAUUAUACGUAAAAGUAUAGUGUGAUCGGAUACCACAAGAAGGAAGACACCUUCUCUAGUCGGUGCAUCCAGCCAUGACCAGCAACAAGGUGGCAGCUGGGCUAGUGGUGGCAUUAUGCAGUCUGCUACUCGCCCCUCGUCACGUGACCGCCGCCGAGGCGUCGUCUUCGUCUGAAGACGAAGGCACUCGUCGCGAGGGCAGUUACCACGGAAGUGGAAGUGGUGCCAGUUCAGGGGAUCUUAUACCACCUCCGCAUUUGCACGGGGGUGGUGGUGGUGGUGGUGGGAAUAGUGGAGGUGUACACACUGAACCUUGUGGGUUCUCAGCUCCUUCGGAUUCAUAUGGUCCUCCCUCUCAGUCUUAUGGACCUCCACUGCCUCAUUCCAAUGGUCACCCUUCUAAAUCAUAUGGACCUCCCCCUUCUCAAUCAUAUGGACCUCCCCCUUCUCAAUCGUAUGGACCUCCGCCUUCUCAAUCAUAUGGACCUCCCCCUUCUCAAUCAUAUGGACCUCCGCCUUCACAAUCGUAUGGACCUCCCCCAUCUCAAUCUUAUGGACCUCCAAAACUUAAAGCAGUCUAUGGUCCUCCACAAGGAGCUCCCAGUAACUCAUACGGGCCGCCGAAAUUUGGCUCUGCUGGUGGCGGCGGAGGUAAAGACCGCCCUGAAGUGAUCCAUGUUCCACCUCCACCGGAUCCUCCCCAACCUCCUCCAGAAUUGUUUGGAUCCUCCAAACCUUCCGUUGGAAGACCGUCGUCAUCAUACGGACCUCCUAUUGGUGGAGGAAGUUUUUCACCGCCGAGACCUUCUUAUGGACCACCAAAGCCAUUGUAUGGCCCUCCUCCGUCCAGUUCGUAUGGACCCCCAAGACCACCAAAAUCAGUUUAUGGCCCACCAAGUAAUUUCCAGUCGUCUCUUGAAUCGCAUUCUUUCAAUUCUUUAAAAGGCCCAAAACCAAUAUAUGGCCCACCAAAACCCUCAUACGGCCCACCCCCCAAGCCGGUGUACGGUCCACCGCCAAAACCUGUAUAUGGUCCGCCACCCAAACCUGUAUAUGGCCCGCCACCGAAACCUAUCUACGGCCCACCCCCCAAGCCGGUGUACGGUCCACCGCCAAAACCUGUAUAUGGUCCGCCACCCAAACCUGUAUAUGGCCCGCCACCGAAACCUAUCUACGGCCCACCCCCCAAGCCGGUGUACGGUCCACCGCCAAAACCUGUAUAUGGUCCGCCACCCAAACCUGUAUAUGGCCCGCCACCGAAACCUAUCUACGGCCCACCCCCCAAGCCGGUGUACGGUCCACCGCCAAAACCUGUAUAUGGUCCGCCACCCAAACCUGUAUAUGGCCCGCCACCGAAACCUAUCUACGGCCCACCCCCCAAGCCGGUGUACGGUCCACCGCCAAAACCUGUAUAUGGUCCGCCACCCAAACCUGUAUAUGGCCCGCCACCGAAACCUAUCUACGGCCCACCCCCCAAGCCGGUGUACGGUCCACCGCCAAAACCUGUAUAUGGUCCGCCACCCAAACCUGUAUAUGGCCCGCCACCGAAACCUAUCUACGGCCCACCCCCCAAGCCGGUGUACGGUCCACCGCCAAAACCUGUAUAUGGUCCGCCACCCAAACCUGUAUAUGGCCCGCCACCGAAACCUAUCUACGGCCCACCCCCCAAGCCGGUGUACGGUCCACCGCCAAAACCUGUAUAUGGUCCGCCACCCAAACCUGUAUAUGGCCCGCCACCGAAACCUAUCUACGGCCCACCCCCCAAGCCGGUGUACGGUCCACCGCCAAAACCUGUAUAUGGUCCGCCACCCAAACCUGUAUAUGGCCCGCCACCGAAACCUAUCUACGGCCCACCCCCCAAGCCGGUGUACGGUCCACCGCCAAAACCUGUAUAUGGUCCGCCACCCAAACCUGUAUAUGGCCCGCCACCGAAACCUAUCUACGGCCCACCCCCCAAGCCGGUGUACGGUCCACCGCCAAAACCUGUAUAUGGUCCGCCACCCAAACCUGUAUAUGGCCCGCCACCGAAACCUAUCUACGGCCCACCCCCCAAGCCGGUGUACGGUCCACCGCCAAAACCUGUAUAUGGUCCGCCACCCAAACCUGUAUAUGGCCCGCCACCGAAACCUAUCUACGGCCCACCCCCCAAGCCGGUGUACGGUCCACCGCCAAAACCUGUAUAUGGUCCGCCACCCAAACCUGUAUAUGGCCCGCCACCGAAACCUAUCUACGGCCCACCCCCCAAGCCGGUGUACGGUCCACCGCCAAAACCUGUAUAUGGUCCGCCACCCAAACCUGUAUAUGGCCCGCCACCGAAACCUAUCUACGGCCCACCCCCCAAGCCGGUGUACGGUCCACCGCCAAAACCUGUAUAUGGUCCGCCACCCAAACCUGUAUAUGGCCCGCCACCGAAACCUAUCUACGGCCCACCCCCCAAGCCGGUGUACGGUCCACCGCCAAAACCUGUAUAUGGUCCGCCACCCAAACCUGUAUAUGGCCCGCCACCGAAACCUAUCUACGGCCCACCCCCCAAGCCGGUGUACGGUCCACCGCCAAAACCUGUAUAUGGUCCGCCACCCAAACCUGUAUAUGGCCCGCCACCGAAACCUAUCUACGGCCCACCCCCCAAGCCGGUGUACGGUCCACCGCCAAAACCUGUAUAUGGUCCGCCACCCAAACCUGUAUAUGGCCCGCCACCGAAACCUAUCUACGGCCCACCCCCCAAGCCGGUGUACGGUCCACCGCCAAAACCUGUAUAUGGUCCGCCACCCAAACCUGUAUAUGGCCCGCCACCGAAACCUAUCUACGGCCCACCCCCCAAGCCGGUGUACGGUCCACCGCCAAAACCUGUAUAUGGUCCGCCACCCAAACCUGUAUAUGGCCCGCCACCGAAACCUAUCUACGGCCCACCCCCCAAGCCGGUGUACGGUCCACCGCCAAAACCUGUAUAUGGUCCGCCACCCAAACCUGUAUAUGGCCCGCCACCGAAACCUAUCUACGGCCCACCCCCCAAGCCGGUGUACGGUCCACCGCCAAAACCUGUAUAUGGUCCGCCACCCAAACCUGUAUAUGGCCCGCCACCGAAACCUAUCUACGGCCCACCCCCCAAGCCGGUGUACGGUCCCCCGCCCAAACCUGUUUACGGCCCGCCACCCAAACCUGUCUACGGUCCGCCACCCAAACCAAAGCCUGUCUAUGGUCCUCCAAAAUUACCCUCGACCUCGUAUGGCCCUCCACCCUCCUCUUUGUAUGGUGCACCUCCUGCGCCCAGUGAUUCAUAUGGGCUACCGCCAGCGGUCGGGGCUCCACCAACGCCUCCAGAAAUCAAAUACGACGGGUGGCAGCCAAUACCCGGCCUGGUUUCCAAGUCUCCAAGUGAUUCUUACGGCCCACCACCCAGUGGAGACGCGGCGCCCGGCCACCCGCGUGAGGAAUACGGUCCUCCACCGCCUCCUCCAAGUGGUUCAUUUGGUGCCCCACCAAGUGAUCAAUACGGACCUCCACCAAGCAACUCGUACGGUGCCCCAUCUGGAGGACCACCGAGUGGUGAAUACGGACCUCCGCCACGUCCACAACUACGGCCACCUAGCACCUCUUAUGGUACCCCAAGCAGCUCCUAUGGAGCACCAGGCUUUGUAGGACCUCCAGCUCCGAGUAGUUCAUAUGGCCUGCCAUCAGGCGAAGGAUCUGUGGGGCAUCACCCGGUACCUUCUGGAGAUUAUGGAGCACCUCCAGUUGGAGGUCUUGGACCACCACCCGCACCAAGCACCAGUUAUGGGGCACCUCCGAGCGGGGAAGGAUUGCAUCCGCCCAGCGAUCAAUACGGAGCACCACCAUCCGCACCAAAUAUCGGCCAUAGUGCACCAGAGCAACCGAGUGGACACUACGGGGCCCCACCGAGCAAGGAAUAUGGUGCUCCUCCAGGAUCGAACGUGGAAGUGGUCAUAACAAAAAGUCCAGGUUUUGAGCUUUCCGUGCCUGGAAUAUCUUCCACUCACACAAAGAUCAUUCCCAAGGAACCAGUGAAGUUUCGAGAUCCCGUGCCGGCGGGACUGAUCACGUCAAUCGGAGAGACCGUGGCCAAUAACAACGCUUUUGGCACCAGUCGCCCGAAAGGUCCCACGUAUUUACCUCCACCUGUUCCCGACCCGGCCAACGCUCACGGCGAUUCAGUCUCACCACCGAUCAUCUAUGGUUCCCCACAAGCGGCGUCGUUAGUGUCCUUCGGAUCAGGAUCCUCCUAUUCUCAUCAUGGACUGGCCCCACCGCCUGCUCAAAGCAGUUUGUCAAGUUAUUCGGCUGGCGGCUCCCAGACUGUGGCGCUGUUUGGGAGAGCUCCUCUUGAUACGUAUGGCGCCCCGACGUCUCAUUCAACGUCAGGCCACAAUUGUGGAGCAACAAGUUUUGUUCCGUCCAAUUCGUUUGGUUCUCAGUCUGUGCCUUCGUCAGCAUACGGCGCUCCGUUUCACUCAAGCGGAGGAGGGGGUAUAAGCAGUAGUCUCACAGCGCCGUCCCAGAAUUAUGGAGUCCCUUCACCAUACCAGUCGUAUGGCGCACCAAAUGGUAAUUACCAGCCAUCAGCACUUUCUAACUUAUUUGGUGCUCCGUCAGCUCCCUCAGUCACAUAUGGUUCCCCUGAUCAGACAGCACAACAGACUUCUUCAGUAAAUGACCAAGCGCCGUCUGAUGCUAACAGCGGGACACACACGGGUUCCGCGGCAACUGGAAAUGCUGUCGCGGAAGCGCUCAUCAGCAAUGGCCUGCCUCAGGGUCUGGACAACUUAUUUCAAACACAACAGACUUUUGCACUAGGUCACGAAGAGCCGAGAACUAAAAGCGGAGUUCAAGAUAUUGCUAUCCAAGGUUCUCAAGGCACGUAUACUCUUCAGAUUCAACCAGCGGGAGGUAUCGGUGGUACUGGCUCUGCUGACAACAUUCCACACGAAGAGGUGCUUUCGAAUGGGCUUCUUCGGGACAUAUUAGCUGCCAUAGAACAGCAACCUUCUCAGCAAACAUCACAGUACGAUUCAUCAGAUGACCUCCAGCAUGCAUCUGCAGGAUCUCUCGUUGAAUACCAUUCCCCGCCAGAACUGGAAGGGCAAGGUUCAGCGAGUAAAGAGGUCUCAGUCACUCCUCCAUCGGAAACUGAAUCAGAGACGAAUUCUAUCGUAAAUUCCACGCAAGAACCAGAAAGGCAUGAUGCCUCUCGUUCACUAUCUUUUUCAUUGAAGAAUAAUAAGAUAGCACUGUACUUCAGACCGAAAGAGUCCACACCAGAUGUUACAAUACCAUCAAAUUCAACAAGUGUUAACAGUAAUUUGCCAGUAGAUAAUGGAAAUCGUGUUUCAGACGGUGGAGAAAACACCGAGAAAUCUGGAAGCUUUGUGGCCUUCAGUGAUCCUCAUUCUAAUUACGUGUAUGGUGAUUUACCAACAGCUGUUGAAGCCAAUUUCAACUCGAGCAUCCUUGUCAGUUCAGGAACACCCACUCCAAAAUCUGCUACGUGAGAAUAAUGUAUCUGAAUAUUUAUCCUAACAAGCUUUGUACCUUCAAAAUUUUGAUCAAAUACUUUAUUGAAAUUGGAGCUCUGUAGAAGUUUCGUAAUAGUUUACCUUCAGUCGGGGAGAACGUUUACUGUUUUUUUUUAUUUAUCGAUGGGUGCUUGAAUUUGAACUCAUGGGUUUAUUUUAAUACUGUAUUUGAUCAUACAAGUGGUCCGAUUAGUAGAGGCACCCGUUUAAAUCAGGUUUGAUUUUAAACAUUAUUUUGAAAAUUAAAUUCCAGAUUUAGUAUUUUUUCAGUUCCGUGUUGUUUUGUACUAGCCCUAGGAUUUUUAGCUACCAGUGUAGCAGCCGUUCUGUACGGACGCCAUACAGACUACACUACAUUGCACUUUCACCAUCGUGUUCGUUUGUUUAGGAGAAAUUCACUUAUGAAUCUAUUGUAUUGUUUUGUGCCUGUAAAGUGUCUGGCUAGACAAGAUAUCUUUAAUUCUUUGCGUGUGUUAACGACGCAGUAUAGCCACAAUACAUUGUCGUGCAGAAAGGACAGAAGACUUUUAUUAGACCUACGUUAACAUAUAAAAACCUAGAA